AUGCUACAGCACCCAAACUUAUCAUUCGUUAUCAUUUUGUUUCAUUUCCACUUAAAAAUAGCCAGCGCGUUUAACUUGACGAAUGGCGUCGAUGCCGAAACACGCCUCCUUGACAAACUGAAAUCAUCAAUUCCUCAAUACUCGCCACCUGCUGAUUUUAAAGACAAAACAGUGUUCAUUUAUCUGGAUUUGUACCAACUGUUAGAUGUUGAUGAGAAAAACGGACUUAUGACAGCUAAAUUGUGGCUAUACUAUUACUACUACAGUGAUUCGGCUAAAUGGGACCCUUCGGAGUAUGGGAACAUUCAGGCACUUUUGGUGCCUCCGCUCACUUUCUGGACUGCUGAUAUCGUGGCUCUUGAUGCAGUGGACAUUCAGUACGAGGCGUUCGAUCGACAGGCUCUCUUUCCCAUCACUGGUCUCAUCUCCUGCUGGUCUUCAUUUGUGACCAUCAAAGUGUCCUGCUCGUUUGACGUGACCAACUUCCCCUUCGACACCCACGCCUGUAAUCUCACAUUUGGACCCUGGAAUCUGGAUAAUAGAAGCUACGUCAUUGCCACGGAUCCCUAUUUGAACAUGAAAGAAGCAGACCUUGCUCACUACAAAGAACACGAUGAGUGGACACUUCUCAGACCCGUCAAAAUCACCACAUCCGGGAGGUCUAUGAGAAACAUACGCAGCUUCGACGUCCUAACUGUGGAAUUGAGAUUAGAAAGACGUCAUCUGUUCUACGCGAUCAUAUUUGUGAUGCCGAAUCUGUUGCUGUAUUAUAUGUCAUCGUUUGUAUUCAUUUUGCCUGUCGAGUCUGGUGAAAAGGUGUCAUUCUCAAUCACAAUUCUGCUGGCGGAGAUAGUGUCGUUCGGGUCCAUUUCGGACAUCCUGCCCGCCAGCUCCCUCAACUUCCCCUCCAUGGGCUACUUCGUCUGUGCGGCUGUCAUUCAAACCGCACUCAGCUCCCUUCUCGCCAUUAUGGGUGAAUAG